AAAGGAAAUUGGAAAGGUAAAGGGUCAAAGAAGCAAACGCAAAACAAACAAUGGCUGAUUUGUUUAUAGGCGUUUCACAGUCGUCUCUUCUUCAUCUUCAACCAAAGCUUGCAAGUUUUCAAAGGCUUACCGGUGGCCCAAGAUUUGCCGUAGCUAGCAACCGUCAGCUUCAUUUCAGACGGUUGACUGUAACUGGGGUCGUAUCUUCUGAUUCCAAAGCACCCACGACUGUUACCAGCACUGUGGGUUCUGAAAAAGGAGGAAUAGACAUCGAAGUAGACACAGGAAACGGCGGAGGAGAUAAAUUUGACGACAGAAGCGGCGGCGGCGGAGACGGUGGGGAUAACAGCGGCGGCGGAGGCGAUAGUGAGAGUAAAGGAGAAGGGGAGUUUUCGGACGACGGUGGUAAGAAAAAGAUGGCUUUGUCUAUGUCUCAGAAGUUGACCCUUGGAUAUGCUGCACUUGUUGGAGUGGGUGGUGUUAUGGGCUAUGUGAAGAGUGGCAGCCAGAAAUCACUUGCGGCAGGAGGAUUGUCAGCUGCAGUGCUCUAUUAUGUUUAUACUCAGCUUCCCACAAAUCCAGUUUUUGCCUCAUCCGUUGGGCUUGGUAUAUCUGCUGCACUUUUGGGAGUGAUGGGUUCCCGUUUCAAGAGGUCGGGAAAAGUCUUUCCCGCUGGGGUUGUAUCACUCGUAUCACUUGUGAUGACAGGGGGCUACCUGCAUGGCAUCAUGCGGAGUAUGCACUAGUGAAAUGCAGUGGUGAUGGCAAUGUUAAUUGAAUUACGAGCUUGUUAUGUUUAGAGAACUUGGUGUUUAGGUAUACAGCUAUAUUUAAUGCUUUGCUAUGUCAAACUUUUUAAUUGUGAACCUUUUUAGACUAUCGGCAUCGAGUGAUGUGUUUGGACAGAAGGUUACUUUUGUAUCCAAAUGCCUUUUCCUCUUUGUUUAUGUGAUGCGAAUUAUUGAGGAUGAGGUUAGCCAAUAAGAAAUAUUGUAUGCGUUUUCGGUUUUGAAA